AUAUCUUGCAUGUCCAUACCAUAUGAUAUGCACUUUUGAUUAAUCUGCACCCCUCAUUGCUGAAUUAGAAAUUCACUGGUUGCACCUGAUUAUUUUCUGUCCUUCAAAAGCCUGCUUAAAACGCCUUAAUGCAUGAUUCGAUCUACACCUCUGCUUGCUUAUCCCAUCCUGAUGCUCCAUUUUGGCAAACUUUUCUCUUCAAAAUUCUAAUUAUGGAGGGCGAGGUGCUCACUGAAGUGCCAACUUGUCUACAAAAGCUUGUGCAGAUGGUAGUUAGAGGCUUCUACACAGUUGAAGACAUGUUGAUCAUUGACAUGCUUGUAAGGAAUCUCUGCCUGAGUGAAGACAGCAUUUGUGAUCUUCUAAAAUUUGACCGCAAGAUGCUGCGCCAGAGAAUAAACACACUCAAGACAGACAAACUUCUACAAACAAAGAUGAAAAUGAUUACUUUAGAAGAUGGAAAGUCUCAAAGAGAACAGUAUUAUUUUAUCAACUACAAGAGUUUUGUCAAUGUGGUGAAGUACAAACUUGACCACAUCCGUAAGAAGCUGGAAAUGGAGGAGCGAGAUCAGACCAGCAGAGCGUCAUUUGUCUGCUCCAACUGCCAGAGGACCUACACAGAUCUUGAGGCCGACCAGCUGCUGGACCCCAUGACAGGCCUCCUGGUGUGCAUCAUCUGCAGGACGGAGGUGCAGGAGGACAUGGCCGCCGCCCCCCGCAGCGACAGCAGGAUGCUCCUCACGCGCUUCAAUGAGCAGCUCGAGCCGCUCUUCACGCUCCUCAAGGAGGUUGAAAACAUCAAGUUGGCUGCAGAAUUUUCUGAUCCUAAUCCACAGGAAAUGAGCCUCAACAAAAAGCCUGGGGUGAGCAGACACGCGAAGAGCGCAUCGGACAACAGGGCCUGGUCUGGAGAUGCCACUAAGCGGCAAGGCUUCCAGGUGGAAGGUUCAAUAGACGUGACGAUCAACACGGAAGACGCCGUCGAGGAGACGCAGAAGGCGAAGGAGGAACCUGCGUGGCUGUCACAGGCGAGCUCCUUCAUCACCGCACAGAUCACCACAGAGGAGGCCGACCCUGCGCAGGUGAGCGAGAGCGCAGGCGUGGCCGGCGGCGGCCGCCUCAACAGCCCCGUGAGUGCGAGCGCCGUCACCGUCGCAGAGAGCGUCUCCAAGACGGGCCAGACUGAAGCACCUGCCAAGGACGACGUCUUGUCCUUACUACAGGCUCACGAGCCGAAGAGCAGGAAAGAAGCUGGUGACAAUUCUGACAGCGACGACAGCGUCGAGGAGCUGCCCAAGAAGAAGAAUCCUGCAGUCGUCGCACCCUUCACGUACAAUGAAGAGCCGAUGCACGUGAUGGACAGCGAGGACGAGGAUGAAGGCGACAACGAUAGCGUGCCCAUGAUUUACGUCGGUGGCGAGAGGAUACCUCUCACGGCCGUCGACAACUCUGUCAUAGGACGCAUGACCCAGCAGGAGAAAAAUCUCUACAUUAAUGCUUAUCAGGAGUACAUGACUGGCAUGGAAGACUUGUGACCUGACCGCUGAAUGUGGACCGCGGGCGCAUGUCUGGCAUGGAAGACUUGUGACCUGACCGCUGAAUGUGGGCCACGGGCGCAUGACUGGCAUGGAAGACUUGUGACCUGACCGCUGAAUGUGGACCACGGGUGCAUGACUGGCAUGGAAGACUUGUGACCUGACCGCUGAAUGUGGACCACGGGCGCAUGACUGGCAUGGAAGACUUGUGACCUCAUCACGUAGUGCAGGCUAAAUUCGCCUACCUGCAGCGGCGCUGUCACACAAACUUCACGAGUAGGAAGAAAAGUGGCGAGGCUUUACCCGAAGUGUGUUAUUAGUACAAUAGCUAUUGUGCUAUCGGGCUGUGAUUUUUGACUGCUAUUAUUUUGUGUUACAUUUUUUCUUGUAAUCGUAGGUACUGGAGAGAAAUGUUCCUAUCGAUAGAAACAAUGUUUGUGCCUGAGAUAAGUAAUGUCUGCAAGAAGUAGAAUUUCUUCGUAACGACAGAAGAGGCGAUGCUCUACAGAGCACCGAGACCAUGGAUUACAAACGACCGCAAUUUUAAAUAUUCUUGGAACCCAUUUUACCCCAAUAAUAUAGACGUGAAGAAUUACAUUCCGCAUCAAACUGUACUAGAUGCAUUUAUUGUGUACUCGUUCACUCUAACAAAUUAUUUCUCGUUUCAACUCUUCCUAACUCAAGGUUAGGAAUUUUUGUGUCCAUACUUUAAGUUCGUCAUUCACAAGACGAAUGCUCAUUUCUAGUCUUAAGUUAAAUUAAUUUGCAUUAAAACUCGAUACGUGCACACUUUGUUUGUAAUAAAUUAUUCAUUUACCAUGAACUUUCUUUCAAAUUUGCGAAACCAAGUAAAGCAAGUUGAGCAUAAAACAAUGUGAAUGUGAUGUAAUAAUAAAAGCUGAUUAUCAGACGCACCAAAUACCAAUACAAAAAUGAAUUGAAGCCAUAACUGAGCCAAGUACGUGCACUGAAAAGCAAGACAAUUGUUUUCAAAGCAAUGGUAAUAACUAGAGCUCUGAAAUAUCAAUUUAUUCUAAAAAUAUUGCGAGGCAUAAGCAUAACUCAUCUUCGAAGGUUGCGCUCAACACAACGGAAUCCGAGCCUCCAUUGUGCAUAGCAUUAGGUUUUUUUGUUUUAUAUUCUAAUGACCAUUACCAAUCAAAACAUUCCCUUCAAAAUAAUUUUCUGAUUUAUUCCUCAAGGAUAAACAAAAUUUAGACGAGUAAAUAAUUUUUUAGUUACAAUUUACCACGCUACUGUACAUUUUUCGCGAUGAUGCCCUGCCUGACAGCAAGACGCGUAUGGAGGCAGGAUCCUCAGCGCACCGGCGUCCAGUGCUUCAUCACGUCCUUGAACUUCUUGCGCUCUGUUGCAAAUAAUUUAGAAUUAUUCGAGUCAUAUCCAACACAUCAUUUGUCU